GGAAUCAGUUUCCAUAUGAUAGUUGUUGUUAUUAUUUAGUUUGUAAACAAAGUGAAUCCUCUGCCGCCUAAAUCCUAGACGAACACAAAAUUAUCAAAGUUAAACCUCUCUUAACCCCCGUUUUAAUUCAAAAUAACGCCAACAAUCAUGUCCUCAUUGGAACGACCAAAAUUAUACACCACUUUGCGACAAAUGCGUCAGGCGGAAAAAUUACAACAUCAGAAGGUUCCUCCAUCAGGCGCCGGCGCUGCCGACAAUAUUCCCACAUUGCCCAGUGAGACCACAAAGAAACUUAAUUUCGGUGUUACAUAUAAUGUUUUUAAAAACCUACUGCCCUUGAAUGUGAACGACUCCUUUUUGCCACCACAGCAACCAUCAACGUCGAAAAGUAGUAAAGUGAAGAAACCCACGGAAACUACAUUGCAGCCCGACUUGCGAGACUAUCUGAAACCAAUGCCGCCACUAAAACACAUUGUUCCCGAACCGAAAUUACAGCUGCAAUUUGAUUAUUCGCGGGGAUUUAAUGUCUAUGAAAAUUUGGAUUAAUUAAUUUUAAUAUCAUUGUAUACAAAUGCAUUAUAUUUUU